AUGGCAUUGGAUACUUUGGACUACUCUGUGCUUAUCGCUUUAGCUUUGGCUGUCGCUGCCUACUUCACAAAAGGGGUCUUAUGGGCCGUUCCAGAUGAUGGUACAAAAGUUGUUGCAGAAUCAAGAGAUAUAGUGGAAACUGUUGAAAAUAAUAAUAAGGAGUAUUUGAUCUUUUAUGGUUCCCAAACUGGUACUGCUGAAGAUUAUGCAAACAAGUUUGCCAAAGAAUUGAAAUCUAAGUUCAAAUUGAAUGUUAUGGUUGCCGAUUUGGAAGAUUAUGAUUAUGAAUCUUUAAAUCAAUUGAAAAUCCCAGUUUCUUUGUUUAUUGCAACUUAUGGUGAAGGUGACUAUCCUGAUUCCUCUUUAAAUUUUGAAGAAUAUCUAGGUUCUCUUGCUGAAGGUGAUUUAGAAAACAUUAGUUACACUUUAUUUGGAUUGGGUAAUUCAACUUAUGAAUUUUAUAAUGCAGCUGCAGAAAAGACAAAUAAUUCUUUAAAGAGCGCUGGCGCCUCUUUAAUUGGUGAAUUCGGUAAAGGUGAUGAUGGUGCUGGUACUUUAGAUGAAGAUUACCUAAGUUGGAAAGAGAACACUUUGGAAAUUUUAAAAGAUUUCUUAAAAUUAGAUGAACAUGAAGCCAAAUUUGAACCUUCUUUAACUUUAACAAGAUUAGAUCCAGGUGAAUUUGAUGAAGAAAAAGUGUUUUUAGGUGAACCAGAUCGUUCUUAUUUAGAUGGUAAAACUGAUUUAUCAUUAGGUCCUUUUGAUCAUGCUCAUCCUUAUUUGGCUCCAAUUUCCUUCUCAAAAGAAUUGUUCAAUUCAAAAGAUAGAUCUUGUAUCCAUGCUGAAUUUGAUUUAUCUCAAACAAACUUACGUUAUUCAACAGGUGAUCAUCUUGCAGUUUGGCCAUCAAAUUCAAAUGAAAAAUUACAAGCUUUUUACAAAAUUACAAAUUUAAAUGAUCAAUUAGAUCAAGUUAUUGAUUUGAAACCUUUAGAUUCAACUGUUUCCAUCCCAUUCCCAACUCCAACUACUGUGGGUGCUAUCUUCCGUCAUUAUAAAGAAAUUGGCGGUCCAGUUUCAAGACAAUUGUUGAGUACUGUUAAACAGUUUGCUCCAACUGAAAAUGCUAAAAUUGAAUCUGAAAGAUUAAGUAAAGAUAAAGAUUCAUUCGCUGCUGAAGUUCACUCUAAAAAAUAUGAUUUUGCUGAAGUGCUAAGUUUAUUAUCAAAUGGAGCCCCAUGGGAAAUUCCAUUAGAAUUUUUAAUUGAAUCUUUACCACAUUUACAACCUCGUUAUUAUUCAAUCUCCUCAUCCUCAUUAAAUGAAAAGAAAACAAUCCAUAUAACUGCUGUUGUUGAGGCUGAAAAAUUCAAUGAUUCAAGAUUAAUCACAGGUGUUGCAACAAACUUGUUGCGUAACAUUCAACUUGAACAAAAUAAUAACGAUUCAAAACCAUGGAUUUCUUAUGAUUUAUCAGGUCCAAGAGACAAGUUAUCAUCUUUUAAAUUACCUGUUCAUGUCCGUCGUUCCACCUUUAGAUUACCUUCAAACCCAUCAACUCCAAUCAUCAUGAUUGGUCCAGGUACUGGUGUUGCCCCAUUUAGAGGUUUUAUUAGAGAUCGUGUAAAACAAGCAGAAUCAGGUUCCACCAUUGGGAAAUCUGUCUUGUUUUAUGGUUCUCGUACUUCUGAAGAAGAUUUCUUGUAUAAAGAAGAAUGGCCUGAAUAUUCUAAAAAAUUGGGUGAAUCUUUUGAAUUAAUUACUGCUUUCUCAAGAGAAACUUCUAAGAAAGUUUAUGCUCAACAUAAAUUACUGGAACGUUCGAAAGAAAUUUUGGAAUUGAUUGAUGCUGGUGCGUUUAUUUACGUUUGUGGUGAUGCUGGUAAAAUGGCUAGAGAUGUUAAUAAUGCAUUGAUUGAAAUUAUUUCUGAAGGUAAACAAUUGUCAAAAGAUCAAGCUCAUGAAAUUAUUAGAAAUUUCAAAACUUUGAAUAAAUACCAAGAAGAUGUUUGGUGA